AUGGAUAUCAAUCAUCGUUUAAAUGAUGUUGAACAAUCAUCAACGGUUUAUAUUCAUCAAGCUGAAAAAUUUCAUGCUGACGCAACUCAUUUAUCAUCACUUUUAGAAAAAUCUUUUAUCGAAGCCGAACAAUUUAUCAAUAAUCGCAUGCAAAUAUUAGCAACACAAAAUAUUGAAACAAAUCAACGAUUAGACAAUGAACAAGCACUAUUAUUAGCUAUACGUUCAAAACUUGAUACAACAUUAACUAAAUUAACACAAUGUCAUCAAGAAGCAAUACGUUUACAAUCAAAUACUGAUUCUCGUUUUCGUUUAAUGAUUAAUACAGCUAAAGGUCGUUUAGAACAAGUCGAAAGACUUAAAACAAAAAUGAUACGAUAUGAAAAUUCACUUGAAAUAGCAUCACCAAUAUGUGAAGAUACAAAUAGAAUUUUAUCAAAAUCUGAUAAUUCAACAACAAGAAAAUUUCAAGAUGAAUUAAAACAUGUAACUGAAAAAUUAAAAAAAGUUAUUGAUCUAGGUAAAGAAACUCGAAAUGAAACACAAAUAUUACAUGGACAAUAUGAUACUGAUGUUAAUCGUCAUAUGGCUACAUUAAUGCGUCAUGAUAAAACUGAACGAGAACAAAUGAGUAUAUUAAUUGAACAUAAACAAAGUUUAUUACGUGAAAUUGAUUGGAUAAAUGAACAAAAAAGAAUUAUUGAUAAUUUUAUAUCGAAAAUGGCUCCAACACUUGAUAAAUGUUUAUGUGAAGGACCAUCGAUAAAUAAUACUAAUCGUACCGUUCGAUAA